CUGGUGAGAAAAUAAUUUGUGAGAAAAUGUCUUUCAUGUGACGAGUAUAUGACAACACUUUUUCCCCUCCACAUUUCUCUCUCCUUCUAAAAGAGAAGUCUUCAUCUUUCCCUCUGCAUUUAAAGGCGCCAUCUCUGAAAACCAUAAAACUAUAAUCCUCUGCCGGAGAAGAAGAAGUAUUCGAAAUCGAUGAAGAGACGAGAGGGGGAAGAAGCGGCGGCGGCGGAGAUUGAUCGCCUCCCCGUUGACCUACUCGCCCACAUCUUAGCUCUUCUCACCUGCUUCAAAGAUUUGGCUCAGGCGAGCGGCGUUAGCCGGAGAUGGCGGCAGGGCGUGCGGAACUCGCUGGCGGUGAGAGAGAGGUUGAGCUUUUCCGGCUGGAGAGUCGACGACGAUUCCACCACUCGCCUCGUUCUCCAUGCUCACAGCCUUAAAGACCUUGACAUAUCAAGAAGCCGUUGGGGGUGCCAAAUAACAGACAAUGGACUGUGUCGAUUGUCCAUGGCGAAAUGCAUAAGCAAACUGUCGUCUGUGUCGCUGUGGGGAACGACAGGGAUCACAGAUCAAGGUGUUGUUCAACUGGUAAGGAUCAGUUUGAUUUCAACAUUUUGAAAAUGUUAUCUAAAGUAAUGUACAUGGUUUUUUUUCCAGAUUUCUAGGGCAGUCUCCCUAAAACAUCUGAACAUUGGAGGGACUUUUAUAACAGACACAUCUUUGUUUGCCAUCUCAGACAGUUGCCCGCAUUUACAGGUGACCUUUACUAAGGGAUGGUGCCCCAAAGAAAAGUUGGUUUCCUCG